GAAAAGCCUAAACCAAAUUUUAAUUUGGUUCGAAUCAAAUUUUCAGAUAUUUUGUUCACCUAGUGAAGUCAACCGCCUCUAGAACCCUAGGCAUCCAAACAAUCCAUUUUCUGAUUUCAAUUUUCGAUUUUUUACAAAAUCUACGACAAUCACUUUAAACACAUAGCCUCGAUUUCUCCUGCUAAUAUCGAUUCCAGCACACGGAUCUGUCCCACUCACAAAAUUUGCCUCAUAUUUCUGCAAAACUUCCUGAUUUCAUCUGCAUACAUCAAUUAUUUUCACCCGAAAGCUACGGCUCAUAGAAUUGCAUGCGAUUAUUGUUUGAUCGAUCGGUGCACGCUGUUGUGCGUUUGGAGAAGGAAACGGGACUGAGCCGAAGCUCUACGCCUGCUUCCGUGCUCGUCGAUUUAACAGCUCGCCGCUGCGCUGCAGUUGAACGAGAAACUACCGUCCAAAAGGCUCUCACUUUUCGUAGAAACAAAACCUCAAUCUUAACUCCCAAAAAAAGGAGUAACUAGAAAAUCACGCGAUCACUCGGAAUUUUGCCUUUGAUCCAUCCACCUCGCAAUUGAGAAUGAGGAAACGGACGGCGACAGCAUGGGGCGUCGCAAUCCUUUGUUUCGUGGUACUAAUGUUAGUGACUCCAGCAAUUCCGCAGUCUCAAGAAUACCACAAUUUCGCCGAUCAGCGUGAAUUCUUGGGAAUUCCGAAUUUCUUGAAUGUGGUAUCAAACUUCCCCUUCCUCGUAGUUGGCGUAAUUGGCCUUGUACUUUGCUAUUAUGGGAACUACUUUAAGCUAAGCUUGCCAGGUGAGCUUUUUGGCUGGACAUUCUUCUUUGCAGGUGUGGCGGCUGUUGCUUUUGGUUCUUCUUACUAUCACCUGCAACCUAAUGAUGCCCGCCUUGUGUGGGAUCGCUUACCAAUGACUGUGGCGUUUACAUCUAUCAUUGCUAUAUUCAUCAUUGAGAGAGUGGAUGCACGGAAGGGAACCUUUUCUAUUAUACCUCUAACCUUGGCGGGUAUAGUCAGCAUUUUAUAUUGGAGGUUCUUUGAUGACCUCCGUCCAUAUGCUGUGAUCCAGUUUGUUCCAUGCAUUGCUAUCCCAGUAAUGGCUAUAUUACUACCUCCCAUGUACACGCAUUCCACAUAUUGGUUAUGGGCAGCAGGGUUCUAUAUCUUAGCCAAAAUUGAGGAAGCAGCUGAUGUACCUAUUUAUAAUGUUACCUUCCACAUUAUGAGUGGGCACACACUUAAGCAUUUAUGUGCUGCUCUUGUCCCUGUAUUCUUAACUCUUAUGCUUGCAAAGAGGGAGGUUGCUGAAGAAAGGGUCAGCUUACUGCAGAUGUGGAAAGUAUCAUGGACUAAGGUUAAGUUGAACAACACCAAUGUGGAGACUAUCUCAUGUGAGUACUCUGUCGCACCAGGGGAUGAGGGAGGAACGAGAUAAGCAAGAACUCACCACUUUUUGCGACUUUUUUUAAACUUUUAGCCGAGCGUUGCACUUCCUAAAGAAUGCUAACUCAUCUUUGACUUGAAUUACAUAAAUAUAUAAACGCUGUAAUUUUUCUUUAAAAAGUGAAAUAAAGGUGCUUCGAUUACUAUA